AUAGGCUGAACAUGGUUGCAAUCCCAUCUGUCGAAUUCGUGCUAAGAGAUCUCCAGUACAAGGAAAUGGAAAUAUUUGGAGAAUGUGAAUCGAUGCCCUCUGAAAGCAUAAUCUAUAGACCUUCGAGCACAACCGAAAUUGUCACUACAAUCGAUAAGGGAAAUGACAUGAUGAUGGCAUUUGAAACAGGACAUGCUAGAGGAGACCAUCUGGUGAGGGCUGAAUCUACCGUAGAACGCGUCGUGAGUUCUGAUUAUGACUGUGCAAGUAUCGCAAACGUUGAACAGGAACUUAGUGUAGUCAUCGAAACGUACAAUAGAAAAGAUGGAGAAAUAAAACAUAUGAUGGAUAAUUGCAGUCAAACUGACGAAAAUAGAAUUCAACAACUCCUGAUCACCAUUAAGACACUGAAAAAUAAGCUACGAACCUUAGAAAGAAGCAACAAGAGACGGUUAUGUUCUAUGGAGAAAAGUAAACGCAAAAUUAGAAUAUUGAACCAAGACCUUAAACGAUGCCGAAAACGAAUAAGACUUGAUGAUUACCUACUACAGCGGCUGAAGCAAAAUGUAGUAAUGCAUGACAGCUUGCAAAACUCAAUUAAAAUAAAGAGAGCGCGGCGGUUUAGCAAGCAACUGAAAAGGUUUGCAGUAUCGCUGUAUUUAAGUGGCCCUCGUACGUAUCAAAUGGUCCAAAGAUCAAAAGUGUUGUGCUUACCAACCAAAAGAACCAUCAAACGAUGGACCAGUGAAGUAAGCUUCGAACCUGGUUUAAACACUACAAUCCUGAAGGCAAUGAAACAGAAGUGUUGUAAUUUAAGUGAGAUUGAAAGAAAUGUUGUACUUGCCAUAGACGGUAUGAAAAUUAAAGCUGCCUUGAGCUACUGUGCAAAAGCGGACAAAUUUCAUGGCUUUCCGGAUGAUGGCUUGAAGAAACGAAACGAGCACAAUAGGUCUUCGAUAUUGGCAACAGAAGCCAUAACCGUCAUGGUGCGUGGCAUGUUUAAACCGUUUAAGCAGGUAUGAGUUUGUUUUUUUAAGAAUCCCUCUUAGUUUAAAGAAUGAUUCUCGGGUUUUUGAGAAACCCCAGACUGGUAUUGCCAUCGGUUACGUCUUGAAAAUAAUAAAAUUUUACCAUAUUCUAACAUCAGAUUUUAAAAUAUCCUAAAUUGUUUUUUGUUCAUAGGGCUUAGGAUAUUUCAUCACCCAUAAUACGUUAGGAAGCUGCAAUCAAUUGAAGAUAAUUAAGAAUACCGUUCGUGCAAUUAGGGAAGCUGGAUUAAAUCCUUUGGUUUUGACAAUGGAUCAAUAUGCAACAAAUAUCAAAAUGGCCAAAGAAGCAGGAGCUACCAUUGAGAAGCCUUUUUUCUUAGUUGAUGGCAUUCCAAUAUUUAUUUGGUGGGAUCCUCCCCAUUUAACUAAAAGCACACGAAACAUGAUUAAAAAACACAAUGCAGUGUUCAACAACAAUAUAGCUAGUUUUUCGGAUAUUGAGAAACUCUACGAAAUUGAUUCCUUUUCCAAUCCAAGACUCGUACCGAAAUUGACCGAAAAACACAUAAAAGUUCCUCCAUUUUCACCCAUGAAUGUCUCCCUAGCUACUAGAACACACAACACUCAAUCCGUAGCUACAGGAAUUCGAUAUUAUGUCCGCACAAGUGAACUUCCAACCCGAGCUUUGCAAAGUGUCAAGUUUAUUGAAAUGCAUGACAAACUAUUUGAUGUAUUUAAUAGUAAAAGCAAGAUUUGUUCAGCUAAGGUAUAGUAAUUAUGUAACA